AUGAAAAUGUGGUUCUUAAUCAGUCAUCUUGUUACAGUAUGUUUCAUCUUCUGCCUGGCAGAGGAUGGAAAAGGAUAUGGCCCAGUUUUUGAGGAGCAACCCAUUUAUACCAUCUACCCUGAGGAAUCUACAGAUGGACAAGUUUCAAUGAACUGCAGAGCUCGAGCAAUCCCUUUUCCAACUUACAAGUGGAAACUAAAUGAAUGGGAUAUUGAUUUAACAAAGGAUCGCUACAGUAUCGUGGGAGGUAGACUUCUUAUCAAUAACCCAGAGAAAUCAAAGGAUGCUGGGAAAUAUGUUUGCAUAGCAUCGAAUAUCUUUGGAACUGUCCGAAGCGCUGAAGCUACUCUAAGUUUUGGAUAUCUUGAUACGUUUCCACCCGAGGAACGCUAUGAGGUGAAAGUACGGGAGGGUAUUGGAGCAGUGCUUCUUUGCCAGCCUCCUUACCAUUACCCAGAUGAUCUCAGUUAUCGCUGGCUUCUAAAUGAGUUCCCAGUAUUCAUUACUUUGGACAAACGGAGAUUUGUGUCACAGACAAAUGGCAAUCUCUACAUUGCAAAUGUAGAAGCAUCAGAUAGAGGCAAUUAUUCAUGUUUUGUGUCCAGUCCUUCAAUCACAAAGAGUGUAUUCAGCAAAUUCAUUCCACUUAUUCCUCAGGUGGUAGACCGAUCUAAAGUAUAUCCAGCUGAUAUCAAGGUUAAGUUCAAGGAUACGUAUGCACUUCUGGGGCAAAAUGUGACACUGGAAUGUUUUGCACUUGGGAACCCUGUUCCUGAGAUUAGAUGGAAUAAGCCUCUUGAACCCAUGCCAGCAACUGCUGAGAUAAGCAUGUCUGGUGCAGUACUCAAGAUCUUAAAUAUUCAGUUUGAAGAUGAAGGAGUUUAUGAAUGUGAAGCUGAAAACUAUAAAGGAAAAGAUAAACAUCAGGCAACAGUUUAUGUUCAAGCAUAUCCAGAAUGGGUAGAACAUAUCAAUGACACAGAGAGAGACAUAGGCAGUGAUCUAGACUGGCCUUGUGUAGCCACAGGCAAGCCAACUCCAGCAAUCAGGUGGUUGAAAAAUGGAGUAUCGUUCCGGAGAGGUGAAUUAAGAAUACAAAGUCUGACUGUCGAGGAUGCCGGCAUGUAUCAAUGUAUAGCAGAAAAUAAACAUGGAAUUAUAUACGCAAAUGCUGAGCUGAAGGUUGUGGCUUCACCUCCUAAUUUUGAACUGAACCCAAUGAAGAAGAAGUUCUUGGCUGCUAAAGGAGGCCGUGUAAUAAUUGAAUGCAAGCCUAAAGCUGCUCCUAAAGCAAAAUUCUCAUGGAGCAAAGGAACAGAACUGCUCGUAAAUGGGAGCAGGAUAUCUAUUUGGGAUGAUGGUAGCCUGGAAAUUGUUAAUAUCACAAAGCUGGAUCAAGGCAGUUACACGUGUUUUGCAGAAAAUAACCGAGGAAAAGCUAACAGUACUGGUACUCUGGAAAUCACAGAAGCUACAAAGAUUACCUUAGCACCAACUAAUGUUGAUGUCACAGUUGGAGAGAAUGCCACCAUGCAGUGUAUUGCGUCCUAUGAUACCACGUUAGAUCUGACAUUUAUUUGGUCUCUAAAUGGCUACAUGAUAGAUUUUGAAAAAGAGCAUGAUCAUUACGAAAGGCGUGUUAUGAUAAAGAACAAUGGUGAAAUGCUUAUUAAAAAUGUACAGCUGCAGCAUGCUGGAAGAUACACGUGCACAGCACAGACAAUUGUUGACAACUCCUCAGCUUCAGCUGACCUUGUUGUAAGAGGUCCUCCAGGUCCCCCUGGGGGUUUGAGAAUAGAAGAUAUUAAAGAUACUUCUGUAACACUUACUUGGAGUCGUGGGACAGACAAUCAUAGCCCUAUUUCAAAGUACACUAUCCAGUCAAAGACUUUUCUUUCUGAGGAGUGGAAAGAUGCCAAAACAGAUCCCCCAAACAUUGAAGGAAAUAUGGAGACUGCAAAGGUGAUUGAUUUAAUCCCAUGGAUGGAGUAUGAAUUCCGGAUUACAGCAAUGAAUACUUUGGGGACAGGAGAACCUAGUAUGCCAUCACAAAGAAUUAGAACAGAAGGAGCUGCUCCUAAUGUGGCUCCUUCUGAUGUUGGAGGAGGGGGUGGAAGUAACCGAGAGCUGACAAUAACAUGGAUGCCUUUGUCAAGAGAGUACCACUUUGGCAAGAAUUUUGGUUACAUAGUAGCCUUUAAACCAUUUGGUGAAAAGGAAUGGAGAAGAGUUACAGUUACCAAUCCUGAUAUUGGCCGAUAUGUGCACAAAGAUGACUCUCUGCCCCCCUCAACAAAGUUUCAAGUAAAAGUGAAAGCAUUUAACAACAAAGGGGAUGGACCAUUCAGCCUUGUUGCCAUCAUUUAUUCAGCACAAGAUGCUCCUAGUGAAAAGCCUAGAAAUGUGAAUGUAAAAAUCUUAUCCUCUUCUGAAAUCUCCGUUUCCUGGGAGCAUGUUUUUGAGCAAUCUGUUGAAGGAUAUCAGAUUCGUUACUGGACUGUUCAUGAUAAAGAAGCAGCUGCGCAGCGGGUGCUAGUGAGCAAUCAGGACUACUCAACCAAACUGGAAAAUUUGAAACCUAGUACCCGGUACCACGUAGAUGUUUCCGCCUACAAUAGUGCAGGGUAUGGACCACCCAGUGCUGCUGUUGAUAUCAUUACAAGAAAAGCACCUCCAAGCCAACGUCCCAGAAUUAUCAGUACAGUCAGGUCUGGUUCAAGGUACAUCAUCACCUGGGAACAUGUGACGCCAAUGUCAAAUGAAUCUGCUGUUCAAGGAUACAAAGUGCUGUAUAGACCAGAUGGCCAACAUGAGGGCACAUUGUAUUCAACUGGCACACAUUCAAUAGAGUUGCCAGUCCCCAGAGAUGGUGAAUAUAUUGUUGAGGUUCGAGCGCACAGUGAAGGAGGAGAUGGAGAAGUAGCUCAAAUAAAAAUUUCAGGUGCUGCUGGAGUAUCACCUGGUCUUCUUGGCUUAUUGCUGCCGCCAUUGGUGUCCUUGCCUACUUAGAAUUCUGAAUGUCUCUGGAUUUAUCUUGUCCUCAGCCCAGUGUAAAGGACACCCUUCAAACCUGUGAGGACUACUAUUCUUUUUGACUCCUGGCACCAUCUUAAGCCAAAUAAAUUACACUUUAAAAAUUACCCUACUGAUUUACUAUGAACUUUAAGAGGAUUGAGGCAUCCAGGAACUCCUCCAUCAAGCGAAUCUACUUUUGAAAGGAUAAGAAAUAUUUUUAACUUGUUCCGAUAUGCCUUAUAA